AUGGCAGACUUAUCCUAUGUAUUACCUUUGCUGUUAUUACUGACUGCCACACUGACUCACUUUUGCUUGCAUAGAGUCGAUGAAGGACAUGUGGCCGUCUACUAUAGGGGUGGAGCGUUAUUAUCCCAAAUUAGUUAUCCUGGUUACCACAUCAUGAUGCCCUUCCUAACAACUUUUCGGUCUGUACAAGUUACACUUCAAACAGAUGAAGUAAAAAAUGUUCCUUGUGGUACAAGUGGUGGUGUAAUGAUUUAUUUUGAUAGAAUUGAAGUUGUCAAUAUCCUAAAUGCUUCUAGUGUUUUUGAUAUUGUUAAGAAUUAUACUGCAGAUUACGACAAAACAUUGAUAUUUAAUAAAGUACAUCAUGAACUUAAUCAGUUCUGCAGUGUUCAUAAUUUACAUGAAGUGUACAUAGAUCUAUUUGAUCAAAUCGAUGAAAAUCUUAAAGUGGCAUUGCAAAAAGAUUUAACUGAAAUGGCUCCUGGACUCAAAGUACAUGCUGUACGUGUUACUAAACCUAAAAUACCAGAGACAAUACGCAAAAACUACGAAAUCAUGGAAGCAGAAAAAACUAAACUGCUCAUUGCUGAACAAAGACAAAAAGUUGUCGAAAAAGAGGCAGAAACGGAACGUAAGCGUGCUAUUAUAGAAGCUGAAAAGCAAGCACAAGUAUCAAAAAUUGAAUUUGAACAGAAAAUUAUGGAAAAAGAAUCUAUUAAACAGAUAUCUGUAAUAGAAGAUACAAUUCAUUUGGAUAAAGAAAAGAGUGCAGCAGAUGCCGAAUUUUACCGUAUUAAAAUGCAAGCCGAUUCUAAUAAAUUAUUACUAACUAAAGAAUAUUUAGAAAUGAAACGCAUCGAAUCAUUAGGAAAUAAUACAAAACUUUAUUAUGGACCAGAUCUCCCCAAAAUUUUCAUGCAGCAAUAUAAUCCAUUGUAA